AUGAGAAAAGAGGUGGUGAGCUAUGAGAAACCAAGGCCAAACAUAGGGAUUCACAGGUUGGUGUUUCUGCUGUUCAAGCAACAAAGAAGACAGGCAGUGAACACUCCACCACCUGCAUUGAGGGAUGGGUUUAGCACUCGGAAAUUUGCGGAAGAGAACGAGCUAGGCCUUCCAGUGGCUGCUGUAUUUUUCAAUUGCCAAAGGGAAACAGCUGCAAGAAGGCGUUGA